AUGGUAAAGGAGGAGCACUAUUCAAUAUGCAGUAAACCAGGAGGAAAAUAUUUGUGGCAUUUUGUUCCUGGGAAAGCUACUGAGUCCAAGAAACCAGCGGAGAUAAUUGAAGAUAACAUUGUUGAGUGGCUGAAAGAGAAAAAUAUUGAUGAUAGGCUUCUGGCUAUUGGUUGUGACAGUACCAAUACAAACACUGGCAGACAUGGCGGUUUGAUGCAGUGGAAUGAAAGAAAGCUUGGCAGAAAUCUUGUUUGGCUAGUAUGUGAUCUUCACACAAAUGAAUUACCACUGAGACAUUUCAUUCAAGAAUUGGAUGGUCAAACACUGAGCGAUAAUCGAUGGUCAGGACCAAUUGGUAAGAUGCUUGGUGAUGCAAUAGACCUAGAAAUAAAUCCAAAUUUUGUCAGGAUAACUGUUGGUCCUCCAUUGAUUGAGUUAAAACAGAGUGUGAUUGAUGACAUCAACACAGACCAGUAUUAUGAAUACAUGAUUGUUAAUGCUAUCAGAUCUGGUGCUGUGUCUGACAGGCUUGCGAACUUACAGAUUGGACCUGUCUGUCACUCAAGAUGGUUGACUACAGCUCUAAGAUGUUGCAGAUUAUGGGUUUCCAAUCAUGGUCUGAAAGAUAUGCCACUUAAAAAUUUGAAAUUGAUUAUCGAAUUUAUAGUCGGAGUUUAUAUGCUUAAUUGGUUUAACAUCAAAGUAAAGCAUAGUUGGAUUGAUGGUCCGAGACAUGUUAUUUUUCAGCUUGAGCUUUUCAGAAGCCAAGACAAAGAGGUGAUGCAGAUAGUGAUGCCUGUGGUAAGAAGAUCAGCCUGGUAUGCACAUUCUAAAGCUGUCAUCCAGACACUGAUUUGUAGUGACAAGGAGGAAGAAAGAAAAGUUGGAAUUGAAAAGAUUCUUGAGAUCAGAGGAAAUGCAGAUGAGAAUGUUCAGAUGGGGGAUAUGAGUUUAAGACAAAGGGUAACACCAGAUAUCAAUCCUGAUGCCAGCAGCCUACUUGAAUUCAUUCAUUGGGAUUCUGAAAUGUAUGAAUCUCCUCUAACUAGUAGCUUAACAGCGGCUCAAGUCAAACAAUUUUUGCACACUCCAAUGAUAAUCGCAAACUGGCCCUCACACAUUCAAAGUAUUGAGAGAUUUAUCAAGAUGGUUACAGAGACAAGUGAGCAUGUCUACAGUCAGGAAAGAAGGCAUGGAUAUAUUAGAUCACAAAUCGUCAGCAGACAACUAAUGAGUAGACAUGCGAGCAAGAAGGACAUGAACAAUCUUGUAAAAAUAAUUUUAGCAGCAAAAAAUGUUUACAAGAAUGCCGCCGGUGGCACGUUAACAGGGAAGAAGCUAAAUAUAGAUUGGAAAACUGAAAAACCAAUUGACAAUUUGGUGCUAAAAAAGUUUGCUUCCAAGUUUCCUGACCUUGAGAAGAAGAAAAACAAUGCUGUAAAAGCCAGCGACGAGGAGUAUAGUUCUUUCAGAAUCUGUAUUCCUGAAAUUGAAAUGGAUAAAAUUUUUAAUGCUGAAAUAUGGCCUUUACACGCCAAUUCCCCAGCGGGCCUUAAGUGGUCAAGGGGUGCUAAGAAUCCCUGGGAAGUGUGCAAUAGUGGAGGGAGUUGCAGAAAAAUUCAAAAUGGCCCCUCUAUGGUACUUAGACUUGGAACGCUCAAUGUUGGAUCACUGACUGGCCGGAGCAUGGAAAUUGCAGAAAUGCUCGAGCGUAGAAGGAUUGACAUCUGCAGCCUUAAGGAGACCCGAUGGAAAUCGAAUGGUAUCUGUCAUAUCAACUCAGACAAUGAAAAUUAUAAACUAUUCUGGAAUGGUCAAAAAACGGCCAAAAAGGCGAUCUCAAUGGCCACGUUGGAGAGAAAACAAAUGGUUUUGACAACGUACAUGGCGGUUUUGGCUAUGGAGAACGGAAUGAAGAUGGCAACCGCAUCCUUGAAUUUGCUGAAAGUCACGGGUUUUGUUUACUGA